AUGGCGACAACAAUUCAUCUAAGUUCACAACAAGCCAUGCCACAGCUUCCACAACAUCAACACGUUCAAAAUCAAUCAGCCAGGAAUCGUCCGAUUUCGACACCAGUACCUAUGAAUUUUCCAAGAUAUUCAGAAAUUCCACAACAACAACACCACCACCACCAUCCUCAAAUUCCUCAAAGUUCAGUAAGAAGAGGUAAUAUGUUUGGACCUUACCUUUUAUUACAAACUUUGGGAGAAGGUGAAUUUGGUAAAGUUAAACUUGGAAUGCACGUUGAUACUGGCGAAGAGAGUGUAAUGCAUCCAAAUAUUGUCAAACUAUUUGACGUAUUCGAGACAGAUCGAUAUAUUGGUAUUAUUAUGGAAUAUGCCUCGGGAGGCGAACUUUUUGAUCAUAUAUUAGCACAUCGUUAUUUAAAAGAACGAGAUGCAUGCAAGCUUUUCGCACAACUUAUUAGUGGAGUCAAUUAUUUACAUCAAAAAAAUAUUGUACACCGGGAUCUUAAACUUGAAAAUCUUUUAUUAGAUCGAAACCGAAAUAUUAUUAUUACAGAUUUUGGAUUCGCAAAUCAAUUUAAUGGUGUUCAUGAUGAUUUAAUGGCAACUUCAUGUGGAAGUCCAUGUUAUGCUGCACCGGAAUUGGUAAUUAGCGAAGGGCUUUACGUAGGAAGUGCUGUGGAUAUUUGGAGUUGUGGAUAUCUUCCAUUUGAUGAUGAUCCACAAAACCCUGAAGGUGAUAACAUUAAUUUACUUUAUAAAUAUAUUAUUAAUACUCCAUUGGUAUUCCCGGAAUAUGUAAGUUCGGAUGCCCGAGAUUUAUUAAGAAAGAUGUUAGUUCCGGAUCCAACAAAAAGAUUUGGAAGUUCAUCAAAUAAUUAUUUAACCACUGAUUAUAUUGGAGAACAACAAAGUGAUAUGGGACCAAGAACUGCAACUACUGUUAAAAGACAUACAAUUCAAGUUGAAUAUGAACAACCCGAUAAUACAGCAGGAUAUAUUGAUUAUCCAGAUGAAGAUUUUCAAUUCGUUGAUGGAACUCGACUUGGACCAAGUUUGGUACCUGCAGUUACAUCCGAUAAUAUAUUAACUGAAGAAAAGGAUGAAAUAUCAUUAAAUGAUUAUGAUAAUGAAAUAUCACAAAAUUUUGAUUCAACUUCAACCCAAAAUUUUGAUUCCCAAAAUUUGAAUCUACCUAAUGUAAAAAAACAUCAUAGUACAUCUUCAACCAUUUCUGGAAAUUCUUUAGAUAAAAUUAGUUCUUCUUCUUCUUCACAUUAUAAAAAUUCGACGAAUAUUGGAUCUAAUCUUCUUACUCUUCAUGAAAAUGGAGCAAGUAAUGUUAAUCCCGAAAAAAAUCAGAUUAAUAAU